CUGUCGGCGACCUUAUGUAAAUGUCUGCAAUGAUCGGCAACUCGAAAAAAUGUUAACCAUUCAAGGGCCGACGGUCAAGUUUUAAGUAGGUCACGUAUCUCACCAUGCGUCCCGAUGGUUGUUAUUUGCAAAUAAAAUAAAAAAAUAAAUAGAUGAUAAAAUUUUAUGGCUUUCGCCAAAACUGUGUAUUACGCAAGAGAGGGAGUCUUAAUACCAAAUCAUGAAACCCUUGCUAGAAUAUGUUGGUUUCCAUGAAUCUCGAUGGUAUAUAUUCUUCGUUCUUCGAGUAUAUACAUUUUUUUCCUCCACCGAUUCAGAGAACUAAAUCCUUAAAUCUCCAUUAUCUUCUUCGAGCCUAUUAUUCUCUCUUCACCGAUUCAGAGAACUACUGUGUCUCCUUCAUUCUGAAUACUCUCCACUGAUUCAGAGAUCUCUUCACCGAGCUUUCUUACUAUCUCUCUUCCUCCACCGAUUUAGGGAACUGUGGAGCCACGAACAGGGAGGUCGUUUUGAAUACUCGACUGUUUCAGAGAGGUCGAUUUUGAUAGAGAUGGGAAUGGUCAGCGUCUCGAAGAACUUUUGUCUGUAGAAGCCAACAAAAAGAAACUGAACUUUAUAUUUGAUGAUUUAGCUGAGGUUUCUUUUCUUAAUUACGAAGAGAAUUUAGAGGGGCGACAACAUCAAGAUCUGAGUAGGGACGACGAAGAUGCCACAGUGGAAGGGAAAUCUACAAUUUCUCCUGAACCAAUCACGAACCAGAAGGAAAGUAGGGAACUCUAUUCUUUUAUCCCCUGAAAACUGGUGAUGUUUCAGAUAUUCAUCAAACCCUUGAAAAGAGUUUAUCAGAUUACCAUGCUUUUGAUAGUAAUGGUGCUCUUUCGGCUGUUAACUCACCAACUACCUAAGGUAUUGAAGUCAAAGAAUCUCUUUCCUGGAGAAGAUCUUCAGGACCAUCAUUGGGCAAUGAAAUUUUCUUUCAUAGAAGCCUGUCCCACUGAUUGCUACACUUCCUUUGGAGGUUCAAGACAAAAUUGGAGAGUUCAUAAAAGGUGUAUUGGUCUUAUAAAGUUGUGCUAUACUUUUCAGACAAGCACUUCCUUGAAGUUCACUGUUUUGAACCCUAAAGGACGAAUCGGGACAAUGGUAGCUGGUGGUGGUGCAAGUGUUAUAUAUGCUGAUAUUGUUAUGGUAAGAUGAAAGUUUACAAUCCAAGAAUGGGUAUGGAUGACCUCCAAGUACCUGCUAUCGUUUGUACACAAAGAUUGCCUACCAAAAUGAGAUGCUUCCAAAUCCCGUGCCAGAGAUCCAGAGGACUAAUCUUGGCAAUAUAGUUUUGUUGCUUAAAUCCUUUAAGAUAGAAAACUUAAUGGAUUUUGAUUUCAUGGACCCACCUCCACAGGAUAAUAUACUAAAUUCCAUGCAUCAAUUGUGGGUCUUGGGUGCCCUGAACAAUAUGUUGGCAGUUUGAUAGAUCUUGGAUGGAAGAUGGUUGAGUUCCCACUGGAUCCACCACUUGCUAAGAUGCUCCUGAUAGGGGAACAAUGGUUGGUUGACUUAGGCCCCAUGUUUUUCUCAAUGAAAGAGUUAGAGACAUCGAUGCUGGAACAAGAGGCAGCAAAAGGAAGAGAAGACAGUAAUGGAAGAAGAAAUGGAAAACUUGAGGAAAUUACAAGCAGAGGUGGAGAGAGAAACCAAAGCCAAGGAGAAGGAGAGGUGGGCGAGGCAACAACAACGGGCAUCGAUGCCAAGAUUUUGUCCACCAAAGAAAUUUGGCUUCUAAUUGUAUAUUAUGUUGUUAUCAUAUUGUUUUUACUUAAUCAUUUUUUACAUUAAAAUGAGAUAUUUUAUUGUAUAUAGAGAUGGAGGUUUAGGUUGUAUUCAUGAG